AUGACAGCAAAAAUUGAAAUUAAUUCUUCUUCCUCAACUUCAAAUCCCCGUCUUUUAGGUUCUACUCGAUUAAAUAUUGCUUUUUUGUGUUUUUUUGGAUGUGCAAUUAUUUACAGUCUUCGGUCAAAUUUAAGUUUUGCAAUUGUUUGUAUGGUUAAGGAUGAUGGUGUGGGAGAGAAUAAAACAAAAAUAUAUGGAUGUAAUAAUAAUUAUAAUAAUGAAAAAGAAAUUAUUGCACAAAGACAACGAAGAGAAUUAAAUAAUAUUAAAAUUAAUGAAAUUUCUGAGCCAUCUUUAAAUGGCACAAAUUUCCAAGAAUUUAAUAAUGUUGGUGCUGCAGAUAUAAUAAUAGGAGAAUUUGAUUGGUCCAAACAAUUACAGGGCCAAAUACUUGGGGCUUUUUUCUUUGGUUAUUUAACUUCCCAAAUGUUGGGGGGAAUUUUGGCAGGAAGAUUUGGGGCUAAAAUUGUUUUGUUUGUUGCUGUAUUAGCCUCUUCUUUAAUUUCAAUACUUUCACCUGGAAUGGCUAGAUUUAAUGUUGCUAUUUUUAUUUCAAUAAGAGCUUUACUUGGAUUUACACAAGGUGUUAUAUUCCCAGCUAUGCACUCACUUUUGUCUGGAUGGGCGCCUCCAAUGGAAAGAGGUAUUCUAACAGGCUUAAGCUAUGCUGGUGCUCAAGUUGGAAAUAUGCUUGUAAUGCCCCUUUCUGGUUUAUUAUGUCGACAUGGUCUUGAUGGUGGUUGGCCUUCAAUAUUUUAUUUGUUUGGAGCUAUUGGACUUUUUUGGUGCUUAAUUUGGUUUUUAAUUGGUGCUGAUUCUCCACAAAAACAUAAAACAAUUAAAGAAAAUGAAAGAGAAUAUAUUCUUGAAAGUUUGGGGAAAAAUAAAGAAAAUAAUUCUCCUAUCGAAAUUAAAAGACGUCCAAUUCCUCUUUAUUCAAUUUUAACGUCCAAACCAGUUUGGGCAAUUUUUAUUGGACAUUUUGCUGGUGAUUGGGGUUCAUAUACAAUGGCUUUGGGCAUUCCAUCCUUUUUAAAUGAUGUUUUAGGAUUGCAACUAACAUCUAUGGGAAUUGUGUCUGCCCUUCCAUAUUUGGCAUAUUUUGCUUUUAUAAAUAUUGGUGGACAUUUUGCCGAUAAACUCCAACAAAAAGGUGUUUUCUCAACAUUAAAUUGUCGUCGUUUAGCCAUGUUGAUAGCCUAUGGAGGGCAGGCUUUAAUGCUUGUUGCUAUAGGCUAUUGUGGAUGUCAUCAACACAAUUUAGUAAUUCUUUUACUAAUUCUCUCCACUGGAAUUUCUGGGUUUCAAUAUGCCGGUUUUGUUGUUAAUUAUAUGGAUAUUUGCCCAGAAUUGUCAGGAUUUGUUCUUGGAAUUGGCAAUACUUUGUCAUGCUUGGCGGGCCUUUUAUCACCAAUAAUUAUGGGGUGGUUAACACCAAAUGGUUCAAAAGAGGAAUGGCUACUUGUUUUUUAUGUUACAGCAUUUAUUUUGGUUGUUGGGGCAUUAAUAUUUUCAUUCUUUGCUAGUGCCGAAGUUCAAGAAUGGGCAAAAGAAGAUUUUGAUUAUUCUUCUAAUGAUGCAGAAAGUCAAGAAAAACAACAAAAAAUAAGUGUAGAACAACAAAAAUUGCCACUUUUGGAAAAUGAUAUAACAACACAAUUUGUAUUGCAACAAAGAGAAGAUUGUGAAGAAAUUGGAAGAAGGAAAGAAAAGGAAUAA